AAAGACCCUUGAAUAUAACGGUUAAGCAUUAUCUCUCUCAGAAACAAUACCAUGUGGCAUUAACAACUCAACCGCUUUCUUUUGCCUCCCGUUAGCUUGCAGCUUAAAAGGAUACCAUGGAGGGCCAAUGUGCAAUCAAGAAAGAUGUCACCGAAUUAAUUGGAAAUACCCCAAUGGUAUACCUGAACAAUGUUGUGGAAGGUUGUGUAGCUCGUAUUGCUGCCAAGCUAGAGAUGAUGGGGCCCUGCUCAAGUGUUAAAGACAGGAUUGGACAUAGUAUGAUCAAAGAUGCGGAGGAUAAAGGUCUAAUAACUCCUGGGAAGACUGUUCUCGUUGAGCCCACAAGUGGUAACACUGGCAUUGGAUUAGCAUUCAUAGCAGCUAGCAAGGGUUACAAGCUGAAGCUAGUCAUGCCCUCAACAUAUAGUCUUGAAAGAAGAAUUGUGCUCCUAGCCUUUGGAGCUGAGGUAUACCUCACUGAUUCGGCCAAAGGUAUUAAGGGAGUUCUUGAUAAGGCCGAAGAGUUGCUUCGUGACACGCCUGAUAGUCAUAUGCUUCAGCAACUUGAAAAUCCUGCCAAUCCAAAGAUUCAUUAUGAAACCACUGGCCCAGAGAUCUGGAGAGACUCAGCAAGGAAAGUUGAUAUCUUGGUUUCAGGGAUAGGAACCGGUGGCACAGUAACCGGUAUAGGGAAAUUUCUUAAAGAGCAAAAUCCAGAGAUCAAGGUUUGCGGUGUAGAACCAGUUGAGAGUGCAGUCUUGAAUGGAGGUCCACCUGGAAGGCAUCUGAUCCAAGGAAUCGGUGUUGGCUUCAUACCUCAAGUUCUCGAUGUUAGCCUGCUAGACGAAGUUAUUCCAGUAUCCAGUGAGGAAUCUAUUGAGACUGCUAAGCUACUUGCCUUGAAAGAAGGUCUUUUGGUGGGAUUCUCAUCUGGUGCUGCAACAGCAGCAGCAAUAAAGUUGGCAAAAAGGCCAGAAAAUGCCGGAAAACUAAUAGUUGUCGUGUUCCCCAGUUGUGGAGAGCGGUAUCUGUCUACUGAACUCUUUGAUACCAUUAGGCAUGAGGCAGAAAACAUGACAUUUUGAUAGCGUUGCCCAUGUAAUAAACUGCUUUGCGCUGUUGGGUCCUUUUUCAUUGAAGUAAUACAGACUACUUGUUUGUAUGGCAUCAUGACCGUGGAGCCUUUAUUGUUAUUACCACUUUA